UACAUGAACCUCACCGCCGCGGAACGAGAAACCAUCGAGCACAUCGAGCGGCUGGGCGCCGCCAUCAGCCUGUUCGGAGUGUGCCUCAUCUUCAUCACCUACGGCGUCUUCAAGCGCGUCCGCACCGUGCCCAACACCUUCAUCUUCUUCGCCUCGAUCGCCAAUGUCGGAGCCAGCAUCGCAUGCCUGAUCGGCUACGCCGGCCUCGCUGCCGGCGACUCGUCGGCUUUAUGCCAGGCUCAGGCGUUCCUGCUAGAAAUGUUCAUGCAGUCGGACCCUUGGUGGUCGUUCGCCAUGGCCGUCAACGUUUACAUGGUCUUCUUCAUGAGCUACCCUCCCAACGACUUGCACAAGCACUUGUGGCUGUACUGCCUCAUCUGCUUCGGGAUACCCGCGAUUCCAGCAUUAAUUUGCCUCUUCUAUGCGCCCAAUGGCCAGCGGAUCUACGGAAAUGCCACGUUGUGGUGCUGGAUCAGUGAUUCAUACAGCCAACUGCGCAUCUUCACGUAUUAUCUUCCAAUCUGGGCCUGCAUUUCCUUGUCCGCAGUUAUCUACGUGGCGGUCGGCUACCAUGUGUUCCGCCAGCGCAACCAGCUGCGCAACUUGACUCUCAGCAAUCAAGCAAAGGACGUCUACGGCACCGAGCUGAGCAACGCCAUUGAGAAGGUAUGUCAACGGCCCCUCCAGCAUCUUCCUCCCGUGGCGAAGCCCGGAGUUUCAUGGACCAAUACCGCCUACGGCACUGUAACGACCGAAGUCCGCGUGACCGCAGAGUCAUCCGGCAGCCAAACACCACCCUCAACGCCCGAGGGGUCCAUCGCGCCGGUCUUGCACCGCGCCCAGACCCCCGCAGCCCGGCCGGACCCGUGGGGCUUGCCCCCCUUCGACAGCGCCGACGACUACGAAGCCGACCCGAUCUCCCCAACCACCAUCAUCACCACCGCCACUGUCACCGCCAUCCACCCCCCCAGGCCCUACACCACCAUCUCCAGCAUCACCUCCGUCCGACCACGCGAGACCACCACUACCACCACCACCGCUGCAGCUGCCUCUGUAGCAAAACCGCGCCGCAGCCUCCGGCAGGCAGCCUUGCAGACCUGGCGCAGAUUCGCCGCCAAGCUGGCCAACCUGGACCCGAUCAAGCUGGCGUACCUGCGCACGUCUUUUGUCUUUGCGCUCUCCAUCCUCGUCACCUGGACCCCGAGCAGCAUCAACCGCGUCUACGCGCUGGCCUACCCGCAGCGCGCCAGCUACGCGCUCAACCUGGCCGGCGCCGUCGUCCUGCCGCUGCAGGGGCUGUGGAAUGCGGUCAUUUUCGCUGCGACGAGU